AUGGCGACAUCGAAGGUGUGUGGAAUGUCAGACGCCAGCACAGAGACUGGUGCGGAUUUCAACCCAAGCUUCGAUCGCCACUCGACCAGCGCUGGACAUUGCCUACUCUCUGACUUCGAGGUGGACUUCAUCUCUGGUUUGAUCUGUGACACCGGCUACUCUCUCGUGGAGGACAGCAUGACCACCACAGCUCCAGUUCGGAAGAAGACCCGUACCUCUUCGGCAUCCAAGGUCGACCUCAACCUCAUCAUACCUUCCUGUCAGAGGCGUUCUUGCACUACAACUAGUAAGUCCGAGGCUACCCCAAGCAGCUCUUCAGGGUCUCGUAGUACUAGUACGCCUGAGAAGACGUCUAGACGAGGUAGAAAGAAGACUGCUGCUGCUGGUGGUGGUGCUCCUCAUGCUUCGGGCAUGCCCGAGUUCGAGCGUAACGAGUACCGGAGGUUGGUCCAGCACAUGGUACGCAUGAACAAGGAGUUGGCUGCGCCUUUCAUGAAGCCUGUCCCCAAAUGGGUUCCUGGUUACUACGAGGUGAUCACUAUUCCAGUCGAUAUAUCGAUGAUACUCAAUCGGCUCGACUCUUGGUUUUACGCAUCCCGUGCUGAUUUCGAAGCCGACAUGAGGCAGAUGUUCGUCAACGCCUACACUUCAAUCAGCCCGGGUCUCUUGAGUACGA